AUGGCUACAUAUUUCAAAACUCCAUUUACUAUUAGUAAUGAAUCGUACUAUGUCGAAGUAAAAGUACCAAAAAUUGAUUCAUCAUCUGGUAACAAUUUAAUCUGUUGUGUGGAUAUAUCAGGUUCAAUGAGUGGUAGUCCAAUUCGUAAUGUUUGUGAAGUAUUACGUGAUAUUUAUCAACGUACACAAAUUGAAUAUCCAUUAUUUACUUAUAAUACAAAAGCAGAUACAACAAAAACAAUAAAAUCAGUUGAAAAACAAUAUUUAGAUGCAAAUGGUGGCACUAGUUUUAGUUCAAUCUUCAGUGCUAUUCAAAAUCAUUUAGUUACUAAUCAAAAAUCAACGACAUUUAUUUUUAUGACCGAUGGUCAAGAUACAGAUUCUCAAGAAGCAUUGAAACGAGCUAUUCAAAUGUUAAAAUUAACUAUUAGUGGAUUAUCAAAAGUAAUAACAGUUGUUUUUCAUGUUAUUGGUUUUGGUGAAGUGAAUAAUAAUUUUUUAAAUCAAGUAAGACAAUUUGGUAACAAAGAAGGUUUAUUUCGAUAUUCAACUCAAUCAGCAGAAUUACAAAAUAAUUUCAAUGAUAUGUUUGAAUAUGCAAUGUCAGCCAGAGAAUUUACAAUUGUUAUUAAUGGACAAUCAUAUACAUCAAGUAGUAAUGAAGAAACAGCUGGAUUUUUAAUUGAUAAUAUUACAAUUGAUGAUACAACAACUAAAGAAAUCACACUUAAAUCAUCUGAUGGUGAAUCAAAAAUUCCAUUAGAACUUAUGCAAAAUAUUCGUCCGAUUCAUCUUGUACGAGCAUUAAAUUUAGCAUCACCAGAUGAUGAAAAAUCUGUUCAUAAAAUUCGUACAUCUUUAAAUUCAAUUAUUCCAACAGGAAGUGCUGAUCUUAUGGAAAGAUUAGAAUUAGAACAAAUUAAAAAAGAAAUUGAUGAACGAAUGAUGGAAUAUACUCAAUUAUUUACACAAAUUAAAAUUGGACAAGUACCAGAACAAGUCAAAUUAAAAUUGAGUGCAUUAAGACAUGAUGCAACAUUUGCUAAUGCACAAAGACGUAAAAAAUUAGAUAUACGUAUUAGUAAAAAUGUUGAUUAUUUUCGUCGAACAGAUAUUAGUGGAAUAUUAGAUGGUUAUAAAAAAAGUAUUGAUCAAGAUGGUUGGAAUAAAAUAAAAGAACAAAAAUCUGAUUGGGUUUGUACAUAUUCCAGUGAUGAUAUAUAUGAAAUGAUGAGAAAAGCACCGGAUAAUAUUAUGUGUUUAGGAAUAUUAAUUGAACGUAAUGAACAAGCUAUUACAUCACCAACAAAAGGUUUAAAAUUAAUUAGUGUGUCAAAUACACUAAUUUCAUAUGAUUCAUUUAUUGCUGCAAUGACUUUAGCAAGAAACUCCCACAAUCAACAACAACAGCAAUCAGAUGGAACCAACUAUGGACAAUUUUCUGGAAUUAAUGACACUUACUGUGUAAUUGGUCAAUUACGUGAAAAAAUCAAUGCUGUUAUACCACUUUAUAUUAAUUAUGAACAUAUGAAACGUAUACGAAUUUUAGAAGGAAUUUGGCUAGGAUAUAUGUUUACUUUAGAUUCCUAUGGUUAUGAUAAACAGCAAGAAAUUGGUUUACUUAAGUUACUCUAUGAUAUGAUUAUAUUACGCACCGGUACAGAAAGAAAUAAGCAAAUAAUAACUGAAUUUGAAAAAGUCUGUCAUUUUAUUGUUACUGAAUCAAUCGGUUUUAAAAGUGCCUAUGGAGAAAAAACAUAUGAUAAUUUUAUUAACAGUAUUCAUGGACGACAAAAUGGAACAUAUGAUUUAAGUAUUCCAUUGAUUAUUGGACAUUUAAAAAAUGAUUUAAAAAGUGUCUUAAUGCCUGUCUAUUAUGAAUAUCUUCGACAAUGUUUACAUAAAAAAAUGCCUGCAGAUAAAAUGAAUAUUAUCGAACGAUUAUUAUAUGGUGAUGAAAGUCAAAGAGUUAAAACCGUUGCAAAUAAUAAUGAUACAGUUGGUAUUGAUAUAAAUCAACAAGAUCCUGAUUAUGUUGAACAAAGUUUUAUUCAAUAUUUUCAUGAUGAAAUGUGUAAACCAAUUGAAUUAAUUCCAGAAACAACAACUGGUGAAGACCGAAAAUUAAUCAUUCGUGAAGCUGACGUUGAAUAUAUCAAAAGUAUUUUACAAUCAAUUGAUAGUGAACUUAGUUUAAAUGUUCCUAUCGUUAUUAAAAAUAUGUUAAAAUAUUGUAAUAUAAAUGAAAAUUAUAUUGAAAAUAAUAUUGAUUAUGAUGAUUUACGAAAAGAACUAUUAAUGAUUUUACAUAUUGAUCAAACUGUACCAGCUAAUGUAACAAAAUCAAAUAUUUUAUCUAUACUUGAUGAAAGAUUUCAAGGAAAUCGUGAUAAUACUGUUACAUUUAACCUUACACCAGAAAACAUUCGUAUUGUUACAUAUAAAGUGUUAACUUCGAAAACAUUAGAAGGUUUUGGCGGUUUAUUGAGAAAAUAUUGUUCAAAACGUUGUGGUUCACUUUUUUCUGAUGUUAUCAAAAAUUUAUUAGUUUUACCACAAACAAAUGAAACAGAGGGAAAUGUUAAUACUGCAACGAAUAAAGAUAAAUUAAUUGCAUUAUUAACAAAUCAAGUUGGAUAUUCUCAAUUAUAUAAUAAUGAAAUGUCUGCCUUUUGUUGGCAACCACUAGCUGAUGUCGAUAUUAAUCUUUUGGCAAAAAUUGUUGGCCAACGUGAAUUCGAGAAAAUUGAAAAGAAAAAUAUGAGCGAAUAUGUUUUACAUUGUUAUAGAAUAUCAAAUAAACCCAAUCGACAUGGUUUUAGUAAUUAUAAACCAAAUAUGAAUAAUAAGUUUAAAUUUACUGGUUAUAAUGAUCGACAUUAA